UUGGACCCUCAGACACAAUGGCCUCAGUCCGCGCUCCCUCCACCAAGCUCCUCCGCAGCCUUCGCUGUGCUCUCUCCUCCAAUGCCCAUCUCACCCUCAGACAACAGCGACCCAAUGCCUUCUUUGUUCUCCGCCACUCCUCCCGCUCCAUAUCAAACUACACCCAUGCCCACCAGGCGUCCGCCAUAUCCGUCCUGCCCACAGCUGUGGACACAUCAUCACACGAUUUCAAAGAGAAUGCCCAACAGAUGAACGACCUACUGGCAAAGAUGUCAGAGCUUCACUCUACCAUCGCCAAGGGUGGCCCGCAGAAGGCCAAAGAUAAGCACAUUGCAAGAGGAAAGAUGUUGCCCCGCGAUCGAGUCACGGCGUUGAUCGAUCCCGGCACAUCGUUCUUGGAGCUGUCGCCAUUGGCCGGCCACGAGAUGUAUGGCGCCGACCAAGUUCCUUCUGGAGGUAUAAUCACGGGAAUUGGUACCGUGGAAGGCGUGUCAUGUAUGAUCGUUGCAAACGACAGCACCGUGAAGGGUGGCACCUACUUCCCCAUCACCGUGAAGAAGCAUCUACGGGCUCAGGCGAUUGCCCAGGAGAAUAAGCUACCAUGUAUCUACCUCGUCGACUCCGGCGGUGCAAACCUGCCCCAUCAGGCGGACGUUUUCCCGGACAGAGACCACUUUGGCCGAAUCUUCUUCAACCAGGCCAGAAUGAGCUCCCUGGGCAUCCCGCAAAUUUCUGUCGUCAUGGGCCCUUGCACCGCUGGCGGAGCCUAUGUUCCCGCCAUGAGCGACGAGACCAUCAUUGUCGAGAAUCAGGGAACCAUCUUCCUUGCCGGUCCACCACUCGUCAAAGCCGCAACCGGCGAAGUCGUCUCCGCGGAGGACCUUGGCGGCGGAAAACUCCACAGCUCCAUCUCCGGAGUUACUGACUAUCUCGCCGUCGACGAUGCCCAUGCCCUCGUCCUCGCUCGCAGGUCCAUUUCAAACCUCAACUAUCCCAAAACCAGCUUCCCUCUUCUCACGUCCGCUCAAUUCAAGGAGCCUCUCUACGACCCCGCAGAACUCGCCGGAAUCGUAGGUACCAAUCUCCGCCGCCAGAUCCCUGCCCAUGAAGUCAUCGCUCGCAUCGUCGACGGCAGCGAAUUCGCCGAGUUCAAGCGCGACUACGGAACUACCUUGGUCACCGGUUUCGCCAGGAUAUACGGCACCCAAGUCGGUAUCGUGGCCAACAACGGAAUCCUGUUCUCUGAAUCAUCGCUCAAGGGCGCUCACUUCAUCGAGCUCUGUGCACAAAGAAAUAUUCCACUGGUAUUUUUGCAGAAUAUCUCCGGCUUCAUGGUCGGUGCAGACGCAGAAAAGGGGGGAAUAGCGAAGAACGGAGCUAAGCUAGUUACCGCAGUCGCAUGUGCGGAUGUCCCCAAGUUCACCGUUGUCUUUGGCUCUAGUGCCGGCGCCGGAAAUUAUGGAAUGUGCGGCCGUGCUUACUCUCCUCGCUUCCUCUACAUGUGGCCCAACGCCAAGAUCGGCGUCAUGGGCUCCGAGCAGCUCUCCUCAGUUAUGGCUGCUGUCGGCAAAUCCGCUGAUCCCAGCCUCAAGGCUCGCAUUGACGCAGAGUCUGAAGCAACCUUCUCAUCUGCGCGGUUAUGGGAUGACGGUGUCAUCCCACCAGCGGACACACGCAAGUUCCUAGGCCUGAGCUUGGCCGCUUCCAUGGGUGGAAGGGCCGAAGAUGCGAAGACGAAGUUUGGUGUGUUCAGAAUGUAAACAUUUCGAAGUAGUAUGAUAUAGAUGGUGGCAUCUGGUCAGGGGAGGGAUGAGAGGAAUGGGGGUGUUUUGUUUUUAUCCCCGGUUAUCAACUGUUUAUGAUUUUCCAAUUGUUGUCCCCAGUUUAUGUAGACUUAACAGGGGUAAACCAAUGUAUAUCCAAGUUCCCGUUCAAAUAUGCUACGAAUAAUUUUUCUU